ACAUCAGGGUUUCCUUUUACCCAAGCCCCAUUUGUCUCUGGGAAAUCCCGAGGAAAGGGGAGCUUCGGUAGGGAGCUUCCUUCCUCUAAACAGACACUGGUUUCUAAGGGUCAAUUCACCCCUGUGAAGUUCCUAGCACCAGAGGUCCCUCCCACCCCUGGGAAGCUUUCAGUAUCUGGGCCCCCUCCCACUCUAGGGCAACCUCUUAUAUCUGGGAUUCCACCCGCCUCUUCACAGAUUCCCAGUCUCUGGGCUCCUCUCUUUCCUGGGAAGCCUUUGAUUCCUGGGGCCCCUUCUGUGCCUGGGGAGCUCAUGGAAUCUGGACUCUCCACCUCUGAGCAGCCCCAGGCAUUUCAGCUCCCUACCGCCUGUGAGCAAUCUCCCUAUCUACAAGCCCCUUCUACCCUUGGGGAGCUUCCGGCACCACAGACCUUUCCUGGGCAAGCUUUCCCACUAUGGAUCUCUCCCACCCCUGGGCAUCCCCCACCACCACCGACCCCCUCAACCCCUGGAAAGCCCCCAAAAGAUUUGUCUCUGAAAUCUAAAUCAGCAUUGGUCCAUCCCGGUGCUCCAAGUUUCAAGGUACCACAAGCCCCUUUCACCACUAAGAAGUUCCAAAUAUCAGAGGUCUCUGACACUUCUGAAGAAAUCCAGGAACUCCGAGAUUCUUUUACUAUGGAACAACUUAGGACAUUUCAGUCCUAUCUCACCAAGUAUAGGACACCAGUAUCACAAACUCCUUACAUUGAUGAGGGGGCCCUGCCCACUCGCAUGAAGCCUAUAACAUCACUGCCUCCUCUUACUACUCAACUACCCAAAAGAUCACAGAUUGCACCUUCCGAAUGGGACUGGAAAUCCCGAUUUCCCCCUAUAAGUAAGCCCUGCGUACUGACUUCAGUUUCAGGUACCAAGAAACUCAAGAUGAUGAUACCCCCUUCCUCUUUCCAAGAGCUCAAAGAGCAGAGGUAUUUUGUUGAUGUGAAGGCUCAAAGGAAGAACCUGAUACUCUUAAAUCAGACCACAGAAACUUCUGGACACCCUUCAGAGCUACAUACAACAGCUAGAAAUCUCAUAAUUGAGACACUUCAUACAGACACAGUUCGACUGGGAUACCUAUUCCGCAAGUACAUUGCCUAUAGGCUGAUCCAGCGUGCAAGGUAG